AUGGUAGAGUCAUCAGGGCAUGCUUUAUGGGAUUGUGAGGCGGCGGGGGCUGUGUGGAGAGAAUCAAAUUUGCAGCUGCCUAAGCUCAGAAAUGCACACCGUGACUUCAUGGAGGUAGUGUGGAAGCUUUGGGAAGGGAGUAGGGAGUUGAAUUGGGAGUGCUUUGCGACUACGGCUUGGUGCAUUUGGAAAAAUAGAAACUCAUUAAAAUUUGAAGGGAAGGGCAAGGCAGUAAAGGUGAUUGUCAAGGAGGCUGAGCUGCUGGUGGAGGAAUUCAGAUCAGGGAAUACAAGGGAAAAACUUCCUGUGACGUUGAGAACUCAAGCUUGGAGGCCGCCUAGGGAGGGGUGGUAUAAAGCUAAUGUGGAUGGGGCGGUUUUUAAGGAGACUAACAGCUGUGGUAUUGGAGUUGUGAUUAGAAAUGACCAAGGCCAAAUUAUGGGAGCUAUGAGUAAGAAGCUGAAUCUUCCCUUAGGAGCUGUGGAAGUUGAAGCGAAAGCGUUUGAAGAAGGCUUAAUGCUAGCAGGUGACCUCGGCUUGAAGCAAAUAAUCCUGGAAGGAGAUGCUCAGAUUGUUACUAAUGCUUUGCUGGGUAAGUGCUUGCCGCCAACCUCAAUUCAAAUGCUGAUUUCUGGUGCUAGUCGCUGGAAGCAAUGGGUUCGGGAUUGGAAAGCAAGCUAUGUCCGUAGAACAGGAAAUUGA